CUGCUGAGAAAUAUUUUUUUCACAGUAUUCUGGACACCAAAUUCAUGUGUUCCAUACGCCCGCUCAACGAAGCAGUUUCCAUCUAGUGUGUUGUCACACUUAUUGGCUACUGUGUCCCAAACAAACCCUUUCAACUGCUGGAAGUUGAGCCAGAAGGAGCACAUGCCUACACAACGCUGGAGGAAAAGGAACAUGAAGCCGGGUUUGAUGCUUACAUUACAGGCACCAUCGCCAUAGCUCUUUCCAACCACCUUGUGUGUUUCAGCAAAAAAGCAAAAAAGUGAAAUCAGCCAUGAAACUACCUUCAGCCACAUCUCCACACCUUGGUUUUGUAAUCAAUAGGUUGUAUCUAAUGAAGGUGAUAGAUUGCUACAUUGACUUGGAGAAAGAUGACCCUGAACAAAACCGAGAUGCAGUAUUCCACGUGACAUUCCCAGAAGAGUGGAAACUGUCGGAUUUAACGAGCAUGUUUAGUCCUUACGGUGGUGUGUAUGUCUCAUGGAUUUGACAGCCGGACAGCAUACUGCAGUUUACAUGACAAGGCACAGGCAGUCAAUGUGAUGAAGCAGCUGGUACCAUCUGCGCCGGCCGGCGUCACCGUGGCCACCUAUUACGCUGUCCACAACCUUGGCACUGCCUCACCGGUCAAACGGAGGAGUGGGGGGGAGGAGAACGGCAACAGGCCAAAACGGAAGCACAGUCUCAGCCAAGAGAGUUCACUUAAGAGGCCCAGUGUAGAUCCCAUUCCAGAAGAAUCUGAAGAUUCAGAAAAAGAUACACAGACAAAAGAACACCCUCGAAAGAAGAGGAAAGUAUCAAAAUCUCCUACUGACGACACAAGACGUAAAUUAUUCGAAGAGAACUUAGACUGGUAGUAUUGUUACUAGCUUAAUAAAGAAAAAUAUGUUUGUAA